AGCAGUGCGGCUUCGCCAUGGUUCAGCGCUCAAACAUUUACCAAAGACUUGGACGAAACCAAAGUGCCGGGAAUACCGCUCGACUUGAAGUGUCGAUCCCAGAAAAACUCGUUAGGGGUAAGCUGGGCCCCCCCGACCAACUCGCACGUGGUAGUUAGGGGCUACCAGCUGGGAUUCGGAGAGGGCGUUCCGGAUGUUUACAAAUUGGUGCUAGAUUCCAGGAAGCGCUAUCACGUGAUCAAAGAUUUGAAACCCAACACGGAGUAUAUAUUAACUCUGAGGGCCUCGAACGACAAGGGAGAAGGCGAGCCCUUCAUCGACUCGUGCAAAACUGGUCCA